CUUGUGAGAGCAGAUAGGGGUUGUGAAAAUUCUUUAGUUGCCAUUAUACAGAUGUCUUUUAGAUACCGUCACCAUGACAGCUUAGCAGGAGUUAACAGUUUCAGAUAUGGGAAGUCUAUACAUAAUCAACGAGCAGAGUACUUUAAUGGAUACCUAAAAAAAUCAUGGAUAUCUUUCUGGCAAAAACAUUUUGAGGCAAUGGUGGAAGCUGGAAUUUUGGAACUAUCCAAUCCCAUACAUAUACACUGUGUCCAAUAUUGCUUUUUACCUCUAACUGAAAGGCAGCUUUACUCUGAGCGCAUUGAAUGGAACAACCACAGGAUUCGUAAGCAGACUCUAGCUGCAGGACCAUUUGGAAAACCAGACAAGCUUUAUUUUUGUCCUCCAUCCGGAACUCCACAUUUGCUGUGCACAAUUGAUGAUGAUCUUCAGCAGCAUGCAGACACUAUGGCUUGUGAAAAGGGAGCAACCCUGACUGUGGCCAAUGUUGCUUUCAGGCAGUUGUGCUCCACUGUGUUGACUCUCCCCAGAUCAAUGGUUGGUUAUUCAGUUGAUGAUGCUGUGGCUUCCUAUCUAACGACUGCAAAUCACAUCACAACCCUUAUGGCCAGAAUGAAUCUGAUUGAGCCAGAUAACUUUGUACAGGCUUUUGAAAUAUAUGAAAAAAGCAUCAGUUCUUCUCAUACUAAAUAA